AUGGUUACUAGCCAGGGCUCGACUCAUGCAGCUUUGAUUGAUGCAGACAUUUAUUUACUGGAUUAUGGUGCAGGAAAUGUGCGGUCGCUAGUCAAUGCCGUUAAUCACAUUGGAUACUCCAUCAAACGAAUUGAGUCUGUCGCUGACUUUGACAAGGCCAAGAAAAUCAUAUUCCCUGGAGUUGGUGCAUUUGGAUCAUGCAUGGUCAAGCUUCAAGAAUUAGGCUAUAUUGAAUCAUUGCAAAAAUAUAUUCGUGCCAAUAAUCCAUUUUUUGGUAUUUGCGUUGGUAUGCAGUCUUUGUUCCUCGCUUCUGAUGAAUCCCCUGAUAUACAAGGUCUGGGCAUCAUCAGUGCUACUGUGUCCAAGUUCGACGCGACUACCAAAACAGUACCUCAUAUGGGCUGGAACACUACUACUCUUCAGGUUGACACUCGCAUCCACCAUGGCGGUGCAGACAAUCGGUACUACUUUGUACACUCAUUUGCAGUCAAAGGAAGCCAGGCUGAAAUCGAUGCAUCACCAGACCUUAGGGACUGGGCAUAUUCUUUAACCACAUAUGGCAAUGAAACCUUUGUUUCCAUAAUUCAAAAGGGAAAUAUUUUUGGAACACAAUUUCAUCCAGAAAAGAGUGGCCAUUUAGGACUUGCAGUUAUUAAAGCAUUUCUUGAUUCAAAGCCUGCAGAUGCGUCAUUGCCAAAGCCUAUUCCUCUUGAUGGUUUGCCGCAUUCUAAACGUGCAUACUGUAUGCCUCAAAGUCAACUCAGCCGUCGUAUUAUUGCGUGUCUAGAUGUGCGAGCCAAUGAUAAUGGCGAUUUGGUAGUGACCAAGGGUGAUCAGUAUGAUGUACGAGAAUCUGCCAAAGAUGGUGGUCAUGUGCGCAACCUUGGUAAACCUGUUGAGCUUGCUCAGCGCUACUAUCAGGAAGGAGCAGAUGAAAUUACAUUUCUCAACAUUACAUCCUUCCGGGACUGUCCUUUAAAAGACUUGCCUAUGCUACAGGUUCUCCAAGAAACCUCAAAAUCAGUAUUUGUACCCCUUACAGUUGGAGGAGGAAUCCGUGAUUUUACAGAGCCUUCAGGAGUGACGAUUUCUGCACUCGAUGUUGUUAGUUUGUAUUUCCGAUCAGGAGCGGACAAAGUGUCGAUUGGCAGUGAUGCCGUGUAUGCUGCUGAACAGUAUUGGAAGCGCGAUGGUAAGAAGCAAGGCGACACAGCAAUUGAACAGAUUGCGUAUGCUUAUGGAUCACAAGCUGUAGUGGUUUCUGUUGAUCCACGCCGAGUAUACGUUUCGUCUCCAAAAGCAACACAACAUCAUACUGUUGAAUGUGAUAUUCCUGGACCCAAUGGCGAGGUGUAUUGCUGGUACCAAUGUACGGUAAAGGGAGGACGUGAGGGUCGAGACCUAGAUGUGCAAGAGCUUGUAGUAGCUUGCGAAGCAUUGGGAGCAGGCGAGAUCUUGCUUAACUGUAUGGAUCGCGAUGGCACCAACUCCGGAUUUGAACACAGUCUUAUUCGGGAUGUGAAGAAAGCGAUCAAGAUUCCUGUUGUGGCAUCUAGCGGUGCUGGUAGAGUAGAGCAUUUCUCCAGUAUGUUUGAUGCCACAAGUGCUGACGCUGGACUUGCAGCUGGAAUCUUUCAUCGCCAGGAAGUUCCUAUUCAAAGCGUGAAGCAGCAUCUAAGGGAGCUGGGGCACGCCUGUCGUUUCGAUUAA